UGGUCUUUUGCUACUGCUUCGACUUUGGUAAAUGCAAUUCCCGCACCAUGAAAUAUAAUAUACGCAAAUAUAUAGUAUUUGUUUAUUGCAAAUGGUGGGCUCUCUGAUUCUGCGCUAGGGGGCAUGAAUUGAGGGGGGUGCUGGUGGCCCCUAUUUUUGGCAGCACAGAAUGGCGGUGAACUGAUCAAUACUUUGGGAGGAGAGCGGGAAGAGCUAGAUAUUGGAGCUCAUGCUGGAACUUUGAUUUCAUUGGGCUGAAACUGAAACCAUAGCCCAUAGGGGAAUUCGAUUUUCUUUUUGAGGUGUUCGAGUAAUUGAUUUAUAAUUUCAUCUUGAUUCUCGACUUCUCAUCGAAAAGAUAAAUAUGUCUGCACAGCGUGGCCAGUCUUCGACAAACUCUGCCCGGUCGAGGCAUAGUGCUCGGGUAAUUGCACAGACGUCCGUGGAUGCGAAGCUCCAUGCGGACUUUGAAGAAUCAGGCAGUUCGUUUGAUUAUUCGACCUCUGUGCGUGUUACAAACGUGCAGGAGAGGCCCAGGUCUGAUAAGGUUACCACGGCUUACCUUCAUCAGAUACAGAAGGGGAAGCAGAUACAGCCAUUUGGGUGUCUGUUGGCCCUUGAUGAGAAAACAUUCCGAGUGAUUGCCUAUAGUGAAAAUGCUCCUGAAAUGCUCACAAUGGUGAGUCACGCUGUUCCAAGUGUAGGCGACCACCCAGUUCUUGGCAUUGGAUCUGAUAUCAGGAGUGUUUUUACUGCUCCGAGUGCUGCAGCAUUGCAGAAGGCUUUAGGUUUUGGUGAGGUUUCGCUUCUAAACCCUAUUUUGGUUCACUGCAAGACUUCCGGGAAACCGUUUUAUGCCAUAAUCCAUAGAGUCACAGGUAGCUUAAUUAUUGAUUUUGAGCCUGUGAAGCCUCAUGAGGUCCCUAUGACUGCUGCGGGGGCACUGCAGUCGUAUAAGCUGGCAGCCAAAGCUAUUACGCGUUUGCAAUCUUUGCCUAGUGGGAGCAUAGAACGACUCUGUGAUACCAUGGCACAGGAAGUCUUUGAACUCACUGGUUAUGACAGGGUGAUGAUCUAUAAGUUUCAUGAAGAUGAUCAUGGUGAGGUGUUUACGGAGAUCAGGAAGCCUGGCCUCGAACCUUAUGUGGGCUUACAUUAUCCUGCUACGGAUAUACCUCAAGCUGCUCGGUUUCUGUUUAUGAAGAACAAGGUCCGGAUGAUAUGUGAUUGUCGAGCUAAUCAUGUGACAGUGGUUCAGGAUGCGAACCUCCCCCUUGAGCUGACAUUGUGUGGCUCGACGCUCAGAGCCCCUCACAGUUGCCAUUUGCAAUACAUGGAGAACAUGAAUUCAAUAGCAUCUUUGGUAAUGUCGAUUGUAGUCAACGAGGGUGAUGAAGAGGGCUCUGAUUCUACACAUCCGGAGAAGAGGAAAAGGCUUUGGGGACUGGUGGUUUGCCAUCACACAAGCCCCAGAUUCGUCCCCUUCCCUCUCCGAUAUGCUUGUGAGUUUCUUACUCAAGUUUUUGCAAUUCAUGUUAACAAGGAGUUGGAGCUUGAAAGUCAGAUGCUGGAGAAGAACAUUCUAAGAACUCAGACGCUCUUGUGUGAUAUGUUGUUGCGUGAUGCACCGUUGGGCAUUGUAUCCCAGAGCCCCAACGUAAUGGAUCUUGUCAAAUGUGAUGGUGCUGCCCUGAUGUACAAGAACAAGAAAUAUAGGCUGGGGCUGACGCCAAGCGACUUUCAGAUUCGGGAUAUAGUUUCGUGGCUUGAUGAGUACCACAGGGACUCGACAGGCUUGAGUACGGACAGCUUGUAUGAUGCUGCUUUUCCAGGUGCUCUGGCCCUAGGUGAUGCAAUUUGUGGAAUGGCAGCUGUUAAGAUAACCGACAAGGACUGGCUUUUCUGGUUUAGAUCACACACUGCAGCUGAGAUUCGUUGGGGAGGCGCAAAGCACGAACCAGAUGACAAGGAUGAUGGUAGGAAGAUGCAUCCAAGAUCGUCGUUCAAGGCAUUCCUUGAAGUUGUCAAGACAAGGAGUCUACCAUGGAAGGAUUAUGAGAUGGAUGCAAUCCACUCUUUGCAGCUUAUCCUAAGAAACUCUUUCAAGGAUGCGGAGAAUACGAGUUCAUACACCAAGGCUAUCCAUACACAGCUUAAUGACCUUCAAAUCGAUGGGAUACAGGAGCUUGAAGCUGUGACCUCUGAGAUGGUUCGACUGAUUGAAACUGCCUCAGUGCCUAUAUUGGCUGUUGAUGUAGAUGGUAUGGUGAAUGGCUGGAAUACCAAGAUCGCAGAUUUAACUGGUCUUCCCGUUGAAAAAGCAAUUGGCCAGCAUUUUCUUUCUCUCCUGGAAGAUUCUUCAGCUGAUAGAGUGAGUUCCAUGUUGGAACUGGCGCUUAAAGGUGAAGAAGAGCGAAACGUGCAUUUCGAGAUCAAAACGCACGGGGAAAGAAGUGAGUCUGGUCCAGUCAGCUUAGUUGUAAAUGCUUGUGCUAGCAGGGAUGUGAAGGAGAACGUAGUGGGAGUGUGUUUUAUUGCUCAGGACAUAACAGCCCAGAAGAGUAUGAUGGACAAGUUCACAAGAAUCGAAGGAGAGUACAAAGCUAUCGUUCAAAAUCCUAACCCAUUGAUCCCACCUAUAUUUGGGACAGAUGAGUUUGGCUGGUGUUCCGAGUGGAAUGCUGCUAUGACUAAAGUAUCUGGGUGGACUAGGGACGACGUGAUUAAUAAAAUGCUCAUGGGUGAGGUAUUUGGGACGAACACAGCUUGCUGCCGUCUCAAGAAUCAAGAGGCUUAUGUGAACCUUGGGAUUGUGCUGAACAACGCGGUGACUGGCCAAGAUAAUGAAAAAAUACCAUUUGGGUUUUUUUCAAGGAGUGGAAAGUAUGUAGAAUGCCUACUGUGUGUUAGCAAGAAGCUCGAUGCAGAGGGUGCAGUAACUGGAGUGUUCUGUUUCUUACAGCUGGCUAGUCAAGAGCUACAGCAAGCGCUCCAUGUUCAACGCCUAUCAGAACAAACUGCAUUGAAAAGAUUAAAAGUUCUGUCUUACAUCAGAAAGGAGAUCAGGAAUCCUCUUUCUGGGAUUAUAUUUUCGAGGAAGAUGAUGGAAGGAACUAAUCUGGAUGAUGAGCAGAAAAACCUUCUGCGUACUAGUCUUCACUGCCAGCGCCAGAUGAACAAAGUUCUGGACGAUACAGAUCUUGACCAUAUAAUUGAGGGGUACUUAGAUCUGGAAAUGGUGGAGUUUAAGCUGCACGAGGUCUUGAUCGCUGCCAUUAGUCAAGUGAUGAUUAAGAGCAAUGGGAAGGGUAUUACUAUAGUUGAUGACUUGGCUCCUAACCUCUCUACAGAAACGCUAUAUGGCGACAGUUUGAGACUUCAGCAGAUCCUAGCUGCUUUUCUUCUUAUUUCAGUUACUUACACACCAAACGGAGGUCAACUAGGCAUUGCUGCCUCCUUGACUAAAGACUCCAUAGGAAAAACCAUUCAGCUUGGCCAUUUGGAGUUCAGGAUAACACAGAGCGGCGGAGGAGUGCCCCAACAAGUGCUGAACCAGAUGUUUGGGGACGACGUGGAUGCAUCUGAUGAGGGCAUCAGCCUCUUUAUCAGCAGAAAACUAGUGAAGCUAAUGAAUGGCGACGUUCAGUAUCUGAGGGAAGCUGGAAGAUCCACCUUCAUAAUAUCCCUCGAGCUUGCCAUUUCUAACAACUCAUAAGCUAUAGCAUGAUGUUUUCCUAUCAAGUGUUGCAUUUCAAGCUUCUGUUUUUAUGCCCUCUUGGAAAACCUUUAUAUAAGCUUAAGUUUCGUUGCCAAAUCUAACAACUGUUUCUGGUUC